AGCGGUUUUUGUUGCUCGCGCUGACCAUAAAUUUCUAACCAAGCAAGGACCGUCAUCAGACACCAUCGUGUAAGCACCCCCUCUCGUAACUAUGCAAUUAAUUUUUCCAUUUAACCAAUAAACAAUUAGAAAUUGGUUCAGUUAUCUCUCGUAAACAGGUGACAUUGAAGCAUUCGAAGCCAAUUUAGUUUGGUUCGUGUGCAGAAGCUGUACGUUGUAGCAGUGAAGUAUGGCAAGAGGAAAGAUCGCGAUCAGAAGAAUUGAGAAUCCGGCAAGCAGGCAGGUGACCUUCUCAAAACGGAAAAGCGGAUUAAUUAAGAAAGCCAAGGAACUAGCCAUCCUUUGCGACGCUGAAGUUUUAGUAACCAUCUUUUCCAGUACUGGUCGCCUCUAUGAAUACUCAAGCUCCAGCAUGAAAUCAAUAUUUGACAGAUAUAAUGAAGAGAAAGAACACCAUCAAUUGUUGACACCCUCUUCAGAGGCUAGGACAGAGGCAGAAAGGUUGAGACAACAAAUGGACCAUCUGCAAGAGAACUACAGGAGACUUAAGGGUGAAGAACUUUCAGGCAUGAGAAUCAGUGAUCUCGACGCUCUGGAAAACCAACUGGAAAUGAGAUUGAAAAAUAUCCGCACUAAAAAGGAAAAAAUGCUUACUGAUGAGAUAGAAGAAUUAAAUCAAAAGAGAGCUCUUAUUCAUCAUGAAAAUAUAGAACUUUCUAAGAAGAUCACUCUCGUCCAACAUGAAAACAGACAACUUCUUAAGAAGGGUUAUGGAGCAAUUGACAUUAGAAAAGAAGAGGGAAGUUUCAGUGGACAAGCGAAUUCAUGUGUUCCAGUACACGUCAAUAGAUCAGAAGAAGACGAAAUUAGAUUAGGGUUACAACUGCAAUAGCUCUGAUCGCUGAUGACAGUGAAAGCCUAGCAGAAAGCAUGGCUUGAGUUAAGGCCUUGGAAAUACCACACUAGCGAGAGUAAGGAUAGUUUAGCAUCCAAAAAGUAAUGCCCUCUCAUCUUCCUCUCGUGCCAAGUGAUAGGUAGAGCUAUUUCACCUCCAUUUUGUCGCGUGCAAGCAGAGUGAAAAUUACACGUGGCUUUUUGUUUCAACAACUAAUUCUCACAUGCUUAUAUACAAUGACGUGCAUUUUUCUACUUCCUUUUUCUUGUAGCUAAAUACACAAGUUACUCUUGAACUAUGAACAAAAUCUUUGUUAAACAUUUUUUACGGACCAAAAUUACCU